AUGCUUUCUAUUAUUUUUUGCUUUAUCGUCCUUUUUCUUUUAUCAAAACUUUUUGAAAAAGCACUUGAUUUAGGAGAAAACAAAGAUCAUGGAACUGGUAACGACACGCUCAAGGUGGAAGAUGUCCCCGAAGAAAUGUUAGAUAUACUUAUUUCCUUUGUUCAAGAGAACAACAAAAAAUUAGAAUGGCUAGCACGUAAUAAGAUAUAUGCAGAAGCUGGAGAAGUGGCUGCCUUAGUUGAAGAGUUGGCCGAACUCAUAGAUGAGCAACAAGAGAAAAUCGCUAGAUGUAUAUUUCACCAACAACUAUAUGAAAACAAUAUAUUAAUUGAAGAAUUUAUGACAAUAAAAAAAGCCUCAAGGUUUAAGCUCUAA